GCGAAGAAGAGUAGAUGUUGCAAGUGCGGUGAUAUGUGCCUCUGACGUUUCGUUAGUGAGAUUCACAAAAGAAAGUUUCUAAAAGAGUGAUUGGCUAACUAUGAAGGAAAAAUUUUUCUGUAAGCAUAUACAGAAAGCAGUUUAAUUUAUUUGGUAUUCACAUUGCGCGGAAGUGACUUCAGUAGAGGCGGUGUUUCUGCUGGAAGCACGACGUGUUGGCGCUUGAAACUGAAGGAGUUCUGCGAGUGAAAAACCAGAAAUGUCAGGAGAUCAAGAUAUUUGAAGAUAGUGUGUGUGUGUGUGUGUGUGUGUGUGUCCGUCCUGAAGGAGUUGCCAUGGUGCUGGAAGUUCUCGCAAGCGUCUCGCACUUUGCAGUAACGACGCCUGCGCUGGUGGGCAUCUGUCUCGGAGCGACGCUGUUCCUCGUCACAGUAGCGGCGGUCACUUGCUUCUGCUACCGGCGCCACUCCAAACCCUUGCAGGGUGGCAAGAAGGGAGUUAGAGGAGGUCCUGACAAACCCCUGGCCCUUCAGCAACACCGGCGUCCCACAGCUGUGAAGAGCCCAGCAGGGUCGGUUGGCACGCACUACCUCAAGAAGAGCCCUAGCCCCACGGGCGGCGCGCGCAGUCCUCCUGGAUCUGGUGGGUCCGGCACUGCGACUCCCACGGUGGGCAACUUGUCACCGCCACAGUCGGGCAGCAGUCCGGUGACCGACACAACCAUUGGCGAUGUGGCAGUUCCGAAAGAAACAUUCCAUACAGAAAACGAGCUGCAAGAUAAGCCGACCACUCCAUCUAAGGAGGAGCUGGAGACGAACGAGAAGAACCUAACAAACAGUGAGGGCGGCGUCGGUGUCGGGGUCGGCAGACUGGGACAACUCGUCUUCAAACUCAGGUACAAGAACGAAAAGAAUGCACUAGUAGUGAGUGUGGUGAAAUGUCGUGAUCUACCAGCCAAGGACCCAAACUUGGGUAGCAGCGAUCCAUAUGUGAAGCUCCAGCUCUUACCUGACAAGCAGCACAAAGUGAAGACCCGUGUGCUACGCAAGACAUGCAACCCUGUAUAUGAUGAAGACUUCACUUUCUAUGGUAUCAACUUCAACCAGCUGCAGAGUAUCACGUUGCACUUUGUGGUUCUGAGUUUUGAUCGCUACUCCCGAGAUGACAUCAUUGGGGAAGUGUUCUGCUGUUUGGGUACUGUUGAUCUUUCACAGGCUGAAAACCAGAACCUAACUCUUUGUCGUGAGAUACAUCCUAGGAGCCUCAAGAUCCGAGCACAGGGCCGUGGUGAACUUUUGGUAUCAUUGUGCUGGCAGCCUGCAGCAAACAGACUUACAGUAGUUGUACUCAAGGCUCGAAAUCUGCCAAAAAUGGAUGUCACCGGAUUAGCAGAUCCUUAUGUGAAGAUGUAUCUGUUGUACAAUAGCCAGCGAAUAGCCAAGAAAAAGACUCACGUCAAGAAACGCACACUGAACCCAGUGUUCAAUGAAUCGUUUGUGUUUGAUAUUCCUGUGGGUACUGAGGGUCUGGACAACGUUAGCCUUGAAUUCCUGCUGCUUGACUGGGACCGAGUCACAAAGAAUGAGGUAAUUGGAAGACUUGAGUUAGGAGCAGCCAAGAGCACAGGGUCUGCAUUGCAUCACUGGAAUGAAGUGUGCAACUCCCCUCGUCGUCAGAUCGCAGAGUGGCACAAGCUGCGAGAGUAACUAAGUUUAGUGACAGAAUUUUUGUGUAGAACAUCUCCAUGAUUUCCAUCAUCUGUAAGAGGUAAUCUUGAAGCAAUUCAGUAUAUUGCUUACCAGCCACAUGGUCUUGCAAGACUAUCUCGCAUAUACCGGGGUUCAAAAAUGAUUCCCAUUAUCAAGACUUGACCUACAUGUGUAUAUAAGACCUGACUGAUCAGUUUGUUUCCUGAGAAAUAAUGGCAGGCAGAACUCUGGACUAAGUAGUGGCGUGCUGUGCAUGGAAGCAAGGGAAGCAUUGCUUCUGUAGUUAAGAAAAGAAAAGAAAAAAGUCAUCAAUAAUAAUUCAAUUUGAAUAAUAAGGAUGUGAAUAUUUUCAUGUUCUGAAAAUUUUAGCGCGUAGUCAUGGUCAAGGCCACAUGCCUUCUCCGACUGUUCCUUUUCCCUGCUUGGUGGGACGGACCAAGUUUCCUUUCGUUAAACUUCAUACGAAUUCGUCUCACCCGAAGUGGGAAGGGAAGAAACUUUCGGUUUUCUGGCUAAUGUCUGUGAUAUGGAAGCGAAGGAGUGUGUUUUUUCGAUGGUUAUGUAAAAAUUAACUGCUUAUGUGUGAUUUCGGUCUUGUUGGGCGUCAUAGAUAGCAUCAAGUUUUAUUAAAAUAUUGUAAGUGCAUAUUUAAAUGGCGUAAGAUUGUAUUUGUGAUCGUAUUUUGUCGCAUCAGAAAGAAGCUCUCUGCGUUUAAGGGAAGUAAGUGUAAUAUUGUGGUACAACUGGCAGGGGAUUGAUAGACUACACGCACAGGGCACAGCUAAAAGGAAUGCUGGCAGACAACGUGACUGUGACUGUGCAUUCGAAAGCCUUUUAAAACGGACGUUAAAUAGCGGGGACUUUUGGCAAAUAAAAUAAUUAUAGAAAGAGGAGGACCGACAUGCGAGUUACCAUAACUUAAAGCACAAACCAAAUUAU